UUAAUUCACAGAAAUUGAUAAUUCUUGGAAGAAUCGUUCUUCUUGAAUACACAAAACUUUUUUUUCAAAGAAACUUUACGAGCAUUUAUAUAAAUGUUGAUAACAAUGUAUUUUUGCAAAUCUUUUCUACAAAAUUAAUAAAUUGUAAAUGCCAUUUCCUGCUUUCUAAUAAUAAUUUAUGUUAUUCUAAAAAAUUAAAAGACUUUUUUUAUUUUUAGUUUGUAAAAUCUAUAGAGCAUGAUGAUGAAAAAUCCCAAUCAUUAGAAAAUUAGAGGUUUGGAUAGGAAACAGAAAAAACGGCUUCGUUUUCAACUUACUUACUUUGUACUCAAGAUAUUUGAAAGCUUUCUUGAGGAACUCAAACUUUGAACCAAAUGUAUGCGUUCCAAAAGUAUGUUGAUACCAACGUUAGCCUAAAAAAACAUUGUAAUUUGGUUUAAAAACAUUCCGGAAAAUUCCUUCUGGUCUCGGGAGAAAACCGGGAAAAAACCGGGAAAUUGAAAAUCGAAAUCUGGUGGCCACCCUGGUGUACAUCCAAGACAUUAUCCAUCUGCUGAAUAAAAUACGGAAUAAGCUCCUCAAUUCCAAAGAGCUGAAAUUCGGUAUAUUGACCAUCCAUCUGCUGAAUAAAAUACGGAAUAAGCUCCUCAAUUCCAAAGAGCUGAAAUUCGGUAUAUUGACUAUCAACAAGGACCACUUACUACUUAUCAACACAAUGUCAAAAGACAAACAUGGAUUAAACGACACCGAUGCAUCCACUAAGGAUAGGAUGAAAUUCGAUCCAACGUGGAGAAUAAUGCAAAAGGAUGUCCGGGACUGUUUCGAAGAGUUUGUCCCUGGCAGUGAGGGCACGGUUAUGCUUCUACAGCUGAUGAGUCAAAUUUAUGAAGCAUAUUGCGAAAUCAACCUUGUGCCACUUGAACGGAUAUUUAAAAUCUGGCAUGCUUUAUUUCUCAUUCGUUGUUGGCGUCAUAAAUGCAUCGAGUUAAAAUCUGUCGGGAAGGAAUGCAUCACAUCUAACGCUUAUCAGUAUCUUGAACUCGAUGCACAUGGGCUGGUGCUGCUGGCUGAAAUGUGCCGCGAUUGUCCUGAACAAUUUCUGGUAUUAUGCUUUUCGAGUCAACCGGCGGAGGAAGUUUUUCGCGAGUUACGGUCCAUGACGGCAACCAAUGAGACCGCAUGUGAAUUUAGUAUGAAGGAGCUGGGAGAACGUUUGAGAAACGCAUUUAUGAAGUCUCAAAUAUCGUAUCGAAGAAAGAACGACCUUAAGUUCAACAACAUCAUUCGGAAGCAGAACAAAUACCCCAACCCGCCACAUCCGAUGCCGACCGACGAUGAAGUAAGGGUAACGAUUGAGAAAGCAAGAGUACAAGCUGCCCAUGACCUGCUCAACUUGGGAAUAACGACCGAAGCUCAUCACUUCAUGGACUCAAUGAAUGUCCAUGACACCAGCUUUGAGUUCGUAACUACUGGAAUAUCAUCUGAUGUCGAUUCUGAUUCGGACUCAGACUUGGAGCAACCGUCUCACAACAUAGAAUUUGUAUCGACAGAUGACGCCCUUGUGGAAGAUGAUGAAAGUGGCACCGAGUCAAAUGAGGAUGAACACUCUUCGGUUGAAGACGAGAUUUACGACGCUGAACAACUUUUCGCAAAUUUCAAAGGGGAGCUCAAGUUGCGAAAUAGCAGUACUACAAAACACACAUACCGUAUCAGAGACUCAACUGGGAAAAUUCACAUCAUAAAAAAGAGCAAAGUUGUAUGGAUGCUCUCACGCGGUCGUUCGCGACCCAACUCGGCUAGACUAACCAGAUAUCGUAAACAAAAACCUUAAAAUCAACCGAUUAACUUUAUACUCGUUCCACAUCACUCGAAAUAUUUCAUGGAAUCAAUAUGAUUGAAUAAACGCAAAAAAACAAA